UAUGAUUCGAGCUCACACAACAUUCCCUCAGCUUCAGAUUUCUGUUCGUGCUGUUUGGCGCCAAUCUACCCGCUGUAAGAACUGCGAACGAUGGCGGAUGGCACCGGCAGCUGCCCGGCUCUCCCCUUCCUCCGUUCGUCGCCGACGAUUGAACCGACGUGGACGACGCAACUUCAGCAUGAUGUUAAGCUCUUCAUCUGCUGGAGGUUCGAUGUUUAUCUUGACGUUCAAAUUUGUCUUGGUGCAGGUGAAAGACAUUUUCGUUGUCGAUGAUCUUGGUAAUGGUGUCAUUCCAGCCCAGGCAUUGAACAAUGCACGCAGACCAUAUGUUCGCUGCAAUUGGAGAGCCAUUCUUUUCCUAAAACGUUGCUCGUGGAGCUGCACUUAGAAAUUGAACGUCCAUCAGAUGAAUGAGCUCAUUUAUGCUGCUGAGUUUAUCCGACAGUCAUAUGUUAUUAAGAAAAUGGAUGAGAAGGAAUGGAGAAGAACUGACGUGGUUCGAGGAUCCCUGCAAACGAGGAGUUGCUUGACAUCAAUGGUGAGUGUCAAACCCUCUCUAAUGCUUAAAUUAGAUUAAAUUGUUGUUCAAGUUAGAGUUUUCGCUCUAGAGUGUGCGUAUAUUGAUCACGAAUGUGAUGGUUAAUA